AUGCGCACCUCCCGUAUCGCCCGCGAGACUGCCGCCGUCAUGCGCGCAUUGUCUUCGUCUUCAUCACGGAAAUUUCCAGCUCGACCCGACGUCGCUCAAACGCGGACGGUUUCAGGCUCCGCCGCCCUGACCUCCGCGCCCGAAGAACAGGAACAGGAACAGGAGCAGCAGUACCGGAAGAGCAGCAGCUCCCCACCGCCGAUCACACCAGCACCAGCGGAGAACCACGUCCCUGGCGCCGCCGACGAACGCGGCUCUUCCUCAUCCGACCUCUCCUCCGUGCCCUCCGACGGCGAUUCUACAGACCCAUCUCGGAGCCAAAAAUCGUCGGCAAAACCCACGGAGACGCCGUCCUUAGCAUCAAUGACGCGCAAGCGCAAACGGAGCGGCACAGCCGCUUCUGAAACCAAGACGCCGACGCUACUCACCGUAACUGCCGCCGAGUCAACCUCGUCGCACUUAAUCAAUCGUCAUGAUGCGCCGGAUGCAACCGUCACCACCAGCGCAAAGGCCAAAAAGGCGCGCCGCGCUCCGGCGAAGAAGGCAGUCGCCGCGGAUGGCUCCGUCAAGGUCGAGCCGCCGCCCAAUUGGGAAGAGAUGUACCGCCUGACGGCCGACAUGCGCUCCCGUGUGGUAGCGCCCGUCGAUACGAUGGGUUGCGAGAGUCUGGCCGACAAGAAGGAUUCGCCUCUCGAUCAGCGGUUGCAGACCCUGGUUGCGUUGAUGCUGUCAUCGCAGACCAAAGACACCGUCACCUCUGUCGCCAUGAAGAAUUUGCAGGACAACCUGCCUGGCGGGUUCAAUCUGCGCGCGCUACUGGAGGUCGAGCCGGCGCGGCUGAAUUCCUUGAUAGAAAAGGUUGGCUUCCACAACAACAAGACCAAGUACAUCAAGCAGACGGCCGAGAUCUUGCGCGACAAGUUCAACGGAGACAUCCCCGACACGAUCGAGGGGCUUGUAUCUUUGCCCGGCGUUGGCCCCAAGAUGGCUUAUCUGUGCAUGAGCGCGGCUUGGGGCCGCGACGAGGGCAUCGGCGUCGAUGUUCACGUCCAUCGGAUCACCAAUCUGUGGGGGUGGCACAAGACGCGUAACCCUGAGGAGACGAGGGCGGCUCUCGAGGCCUGGCUGCCGAGAGACAAGUGGCAUGCGAUCAAUCAUCUCCUGGUCGGCUUUGGUCAAACUAUUUGUCUGCCUGUAGGCAGGAAGUGCGGGGAGUGCACGCUUGCCGAAAAGGGACUCUGCCCCGGCGCCGUUGUUGCGAAGAAGCAGACAACGGUGAAGAAAAACAGAGCCGUUGUCAAAGUUGAAAUAGACGGCGAGACAGUAAAGCAAGAAGUGGCGACAGACAUCAAGGUAGAACAGAACGUCAAAGCUGAAGACGUGCCCGUGACCAAUGUCAUGGAUAUUGAAGACAUUGGCGCGCCGAGAAGAACUAGAUCGUCUAGAAGGUGA